AAGUGCGUGCUAUCUUAUUUGGGUACUCUUUCUCCACAGCAAGAGUUGUGAGCACACAAGGCAUAUUGAAACCCUAAAUUCCAUUUGUAUUAAUCUGCAUAUUGCGUGGUCGAGAGAAUAAAGACAUAAAAAAUGGAUCGUGAAUACUGGGCCGGCGAGAGUAGCAGGAGAAAUGAGUUGGAAAGAGAAGAAGAGCAAUUAGUACCGCUUGCGAUUGUGGAGAGGAUUAUGCGCAAAAGCCUUCCUCCCAACACGAUGGUGUCCAAGGAGGCGAAGCAAACAGUGCAGAAAUGUGCGUCUGAAUUCAUCAGCUUUGUGACAGGGGAAGCACUAGACAAGUGUAAGGCGGAUAAAAGAAAGACCAUCAAUGGUGAGGAUAUCAUACAGGCCUUCAACACCCUUGGCUUUGUCAAUUAUGAGCAAGUCCUUGAAAUUCUUCUCCACAAGUUGAAAGCCAACAUGCACGCCAAGCAGCCUCUCAAACAAUAGGCCUUACCGGAUAAGUCUUCCUCCUCUCACCAAUUAACGACAGCUGUUCAGGAUCAGCUGAUUGUGACACAACCAGCGAGCCAGAUUCAAAACCAACAGCCCUUCAAUCCGGUACUUUUACAGAUCCAGGAGCUGCGGAACAUAAGUUUGUAUAGAUAGAUUCAAGCAAUAAACAUUGUUUCAGGGAAGUUUUAUCUUCUGUAAUAUUUCUGGCAGGUUGGACCCUUUUAUAUGCAGGGCAGCUAUAUUUAUUUCAUUUUAAUGAUGAUAGGCUAUUGCUCGCUGUUUUGAUCUUAUAAUAACUAUUGUUUCUUCCGAGUCAUUGUAAAAUUUGCGAUCAAAGUGCA